CUACCUUCUUCUGUUCCAUCCUUCUUGCACUCGUUAUAUUAAACAAUGUCCAGACUCGCAGAGCCGAAUGGCCAUUAUAUCUACAGAUCCGACCCCGAUAUCAAGAAGAUCUACAAGCUUUCUCCUAGCGACCUCGACUCCAUCCUCCCCAUUUCGGAUACGCCUAAUCCUCAUGGCGGGCGCAACAACGUCCGCAUCUAUAACUUAUGCGACGUUGUGAAGCUAUCUCUAGAGCUCAACGUACCAACUUCACCUCCAAGCUCCCCCCCUCCUGCCUCAGGGAGUCAGUCAAGCAACCCUGCGCUCGCGGUGCAGAAGGGAGCAAAGAUUCUUCGAACGAAUGCUAUGAAGGAGUAUAAGCUCACGGGGAUACAGUUGGACAGGCUGAAACCCAUCAGCAUCGAGCCCAACCCGCAUCGCUCUACAGGUACCAUGCGUUACUAUAACCUCUGCGACGUCAAGGACUUGGCGCAGAAAGUAAACUCUGCUGCCGCAUCUCCUACGAAGAAAUAUGUUCGGAAGCGUUACGCUCCAUACUAGACGCAGGCAAGACUUGAAUCAAAAGUCUGUCAAGGUUCCGAGACGUGACUGUUGUUUCUGUGUCUUGGAUUCUUCGCCUAUAUUCCUGUGGACGUUCUACUAUGGUUCCUUCUUCACUUCUCAGGUACAUUAUAGCUGUUAGUUAUGUACGAGUACAGCACUCACCGAGCGCGAUACGCACAUUAUGACUUUUGGGGUUUUUUUGUGCAUGCGUCGUUUGCGUCGCGAGUGACUUCUCCUGUGAUUUUGAUGUGCGGUUUCACAAUGUAUUUUUAUACCAUCUCUUUAUGCAGAUGUCACCGCGUUACUUUUGCAUCGAUUUACAAGGUUGAAGGCGGGCUUUUGGGCCACC